CUGGGCUAGCUGCCUCCGUGUCAUUCGGCCUCUUUUUGUCACAUCUGAUUGUUCUAAGGAAGCAUAAAUCUUGGGUUUUAGUUGGAAACUUUUUCUUUAAAGCUGGACGGACCUCUCCAGCACAGGCCUCACUCACAUCUGCCUCCCCACAGUGGCUGCUAGGGAGGGGUUCUGCUGGUACGAGUUCAAGUCACGGGUCUCUGGCUGUCUUCCUUACCAUGUGUAUCAUCCUCUCUCUCCCCAGGGAUCACUGGCCCAGUGUUUGUGGACUCCCAGGGAGAAAGGCGUAUGGAUUACUCUGUCUGUGCCCUACAGAAAUCCAGAAACGGGUCACCCUUUCUUCCUGUUCUUCACUAUAAUAGCUGCCAGAAGGGAAUCAGACCCGUGAGGAAUGUCUCCACUAUUACUCGGCCCCACGGCUCCCUCUCUGCGGACAGACACGGCUGUGGGAUUUACGGUGAGCUCUGUGCAGGUGAGCUCUCUUUUACAGGUGUGACUCCUGUGAUUCUCACGAUGACCUUUCUGAUUAGUGUCUUGGGAACUGCCAUCAUAGGUCUGAUUUUAAGGAUGCAGAAGGGAACACUGCAGAGGCAAAACAGAGACAUUUGGUGGCAGAUCAAUUACGAUGAAAUCACCAUUCUGCCCCAGAACAAGCUGGCCCAGAAAGGCACACCUGUGUCGAGAGGGGACAGCAGCAAUGCCCCUAGUGUGAUGAUUUCUGGGGACUUCAGCGCCUUUGUCAAGAGUCAGCGGGAAGAGCUCUUUCGUGCCCCAGCAGGGCUUUACCAGGGAAACCAUGUGGCCCUCUGCUAUGUUGGUGACCGAGCAGAAGCCUGGAUCAGGAAGCCAUCUGUGCUGCAGGAAAUCCAGCUGGUGUAUGAAUUGAGGCAUGAAAACAUUGUUCCCUUCUUUGGUGUUUGCAUUGUCACUCAGUAUUGUAAAAAAGGAAGUCCUAAGGAUGUUUUGUGAAAUUCUGAUACUGAAAUGGAUUGGAUAUUCAAGCUCUCAUUUGCAUAGAACAUAGUCAAUGGCAUGCUGUCCCUUCAUAGGAGCCCACUGAGCUCCCACAGAAACCUGAAGCCUUCCAACUACCUGGUGGACGGUCGGAUGCAGGUGAAGCUGUCGGGGUUUGGGCUGUGGGAGCUCAAGUAUGGCCAGACAUACAGAACCUAUGAGAAAACGAUGGACCACUCAGGUAACCACUGGCAGGUCUUGGACCCACUAGCUAUGGACAGAGUGGUAGGGAGGUUCCUUGCCCCAUUUCUGAUUCCUGAUGCUCGUGGGCACCUUCCUUUGGAGCCGGCGGCAUGUGGCUGCUCUGCUCACCCAGGGCGACGAGAACAGGUGGCAGGGGCCGCUGGGGUGAUGUCUGAGUUGGGAGAACUAGCCAUCGUCCCAGCUCAGCUGGGCGACCAGAAGCGAGUCACUGUCCUUGUCUGUAGUCCUCUCUGUCCCAUCACAUCUUCCUACCUCUCAGAGCAGAGUGAUGAUCUGCCAUGCACUUUGAGGAUGAAGAGUUUAGCAGUUCUCUGUUCUCUCUGUGUUCCCGUAUCACUUGGGAAGCUUUUAAAAAUACGUAGGGCAGACAACUGUAGCCACGUGAGCAUGCUAGACAGUAUGGUGAGCGAGCUGGAAGUGUACGCCAGUCACCUGGAGGAGGUGGUGGAGGAGAGGACCAGCCAGCUGGUGGCACAGAAGGGGAAGGUGGAUAAGCUCCUGUCCGAAAUCCUGCCCAGCUCCAUUGGAGAGCAGCUCAAGGCCGGACGAGCCGUGGGACCUGAGCACUUUGAGUCUGUGACCAUCUUUUUCUCUGACAUUGUUGGGUUCACAACGCUCUGUUCUCUCAGCUCCCCCUUGCAAGUUGUGAAGCUCCUCAAUGACCUCUACAGUGUAUUCGAUCGCAUCAGUAAACAUCAGCGAGGCCGGAUCGUGGCCCAUGUUUACACAUGCCUGGUGGAAACCAUUGGGGAUGCGUACAUGGUGGCUAGAGGACUUCCCAUCCGCAAUGGAAUCCGGCAUGUGGACGAGAUCGCUGCAUUGUCCUUGCACUUCCUCAGUGCCACCAUCCACUUCCAGACCGGGCACACGCCUCAGGAGAAGCUCAGGCUCUGGACUGGCCUCCACAAAGGCCCUGUGGUGGCUGGUGUGGUGGGCAUCGCCAUGCCCAGAUACUGCCUAUUUGGAGACACCGUGAACAUGGCAUCCCGGAUGGGGAGCAGCAGCCUGCCUCUCCGGAUUCACGUCUCUCAGAGCACUGCGGCCGCCCUGUGGGCAGUGGGAGGGGACGAUCUGCAGAAGAGAGGCCCCACUGCAGUCAAGGGCAAAGGAGAGCAAACCAUUGUCUGGCUGAAAGGCAAAGAAGGCUUCACCUCUCCACUCCCUGAAUUUACUGAAGAAGAGGCUGAAGUCCCAGAGAUCUUCUGAGGAGGAAGAAGUGCCAGCUGGUUUGGGACCAGCUCGGAGGCCAGUUUAGAUUACACUGAGUCAUGUUAAUCCAGCCUGUCGCUAAACAAACGUGCUCCGUGUCUCCGGAGACUUGGGAACUAGCUUCGUUUCUGAAUUCAUUAACACGAUUGUAAAAGAGCCGUCAAAUGAAAGAUCUCAAAUCCUCUCAGAUACAUACAGUAUGGAGAUACAAAGCAGAAGCCCACUAAUUAGGUCUGUAUAAGACUAAG